UGCAACUAGACUCCGAUAACAUAAACUACACAAUGGCUACAGACAUUCAAGAUUUGUUAGCAAGGUCGCUUUUAGCAGUAAGAACUCUCCGAUCCAGCGUUAACCAAGUAUUCGAAAGAUUCAGAAAUGGAAUGAAGGAAGACAACAGCAAUGAAAACAAAGAACGGUCAUUUCUUAAUGAGUUGCAGCAAGGCUUGUUGUCAGUGAACCAAAACCUUGGAGAGGUAGAGAAGCUAGGCAGUGUGAUAACAGCCCCAGCUGGUCCUCUCCUGUCAGGGAACUCUGCACUGCUCAGUUUGGACCCUGUGCUGGACAAGACACCCCUCCACUCACAGUUGUUACAGGCUUACAAGUGGUCCAAUAAGGUUCAUGAUGUGGCAAACCAUGCCUUUGUGCUCCUAAAUCAAAACUCCCUAAAACGUUCCACAUUGCCUUCAGGUGGCCCCGCAGCCAAAAGACUGCGCACUGCCCAACAGAACUUCCACAAACUGCCUCCACAACAAAUUGAUGCUGUCAUUGAUACUCAGAAAAGAAUGUUUCCAGAUUUGGAUAUUAAGAUCCACAGGCCUCAAGGAACAGCAGCGGUACUAGAGGUUACAGUUGGGAGAGCUAUGAAAAUUAUCAUAGUAUUACGGGGACUUAUUUUGGAGACAGUUAAUGUAAGAGGGUUAGACGAACAAAGUUUUAAAGACAACGGAGAGUUGGAUAUAUGGACAAAGUCAAAGUACUUAGUUUACUUAAAGAUCACAGAGCAUGCGUGUGCUGCUUUACUCCAUUUCUACAUGCCACAUAGACCAGACAUUGCUUUCAGAUCAUUCUUGACUUGGUUAAACAGCUACACAUCUCUGUUCACUAUUCCCUGUGCAAAAUGUGAGACUUACCUGCAGGACAAUUUACCUCCAACAUGGCGGGAGUUCAGAAAUCUCAAACCUUAUCAUGAAGGUUGCAGACCUUGAUGGAAGGAAGUGGAAUAAAUGGAUGAAUUGGAUUUAUUUUUCAAACAGGAGAAUUUCAACAGGGCAGCAAUUCAGUUUGUACCUUGGUCGAAAAUUAUGAAGGAUGAGCUCAAGUGUGCAGAGCCUUAGACAGGGGUUCCAAAUAGCUGCCCUUUGGGAGAGAAAAGGUCUACACAGAAACAACAAUAGACCUAGGUUCAAUGCCAUUUUUGAAGUUGGGUUAACUAAGACUGCAUUCCCAUAAAAUUAGAUCAAUCCAUCUAUAUCGACCUAACUCCCUGGAGGUUUAUGCUAAAU